UUUCAAGAAAGAGAAAAUGAAGUAAAAAAUGGAACCACAUCUGAAUGCAGCAGCCUCGUCCAUGCUGAGAAGCAGCAGAAACAUACCUUGUCUUCAUCAACCAUUGCUAGUUCUUACUACCAGGAUGCUUUCUUCUUCACCACCAUCAUCUUCUUCUGUAACUUCUUCAUCUGAAACAAGACUAGGUUAUUCUUCUAUAAACCCUAAACCUUCAUUCAAGAACCUUUCUCUAUUCUCAAACAAUCAUUCUCUUCAAAGCAUGACGACGGUUUCAAAUUGUUUAUCUCAGUCUGAUGCAAUACCGGUUUCUGAAUCUGAUUCAAUAGAUUCUCUUGUUGUGGUUUCGUUUUAUAAGUUUGCGGAUUUCCCUGACCAUGCUGUUUUGCGUAAUCCAUUGAAACAACUCUGUCAAGAACUGCGUGUUUCAGGCGGUAUCAUUCUUGCGCCUGAAGGAAUUAAUGGAAGCCUAUGUGGCACGAGGGAGUCGGUGGAGAAAGUUCUUGCAUUUAUUCAGAGUGAUGAUCGUCUGAAAGGUCUAAGACGUAUUGAAUCUCCUGUCAGUCCUGAGGAGGAGGCCAUCCAUCAGGAACAUCAUGGACACAGUGCCAGUUCUCCUCUUGCUGCUGGGGAGGAUGUACCUUUCCGAUGGGAUCAUGUGAGAGUCAAGUUGAAGAAAGAGAUUGUCACUCUUGGGAUGCCUACAGUAUCACCUAUGGAAAGGGUUGGAAAAUAUAUUAGCCCAAAGGAAUGGAAUUCUUUGAUUAGUGAUCCUGAUACAGUGGUAAUUGAUGUGCGGAAUAACUAUGAAACGAGAAUAGGAAAGUUUAAAGGAGCAGUUGAUCCAUGUACAACGUCAUUUCGUGAAUUCCCAUCUUGGGUGGAGGAACGUUUCGAGCUUACCAGAACAGAUGCUGAGCAUCCAAAAGUUGAUGUAAACCAGUCAGACCAAAGUGCUGAAAAAGAAACAGAGAAUCCGAAACAACAUUUGCCACGGGUUGCAAUGUAUUGCACUGGGGGUAUUCGAUGUGAGAAAGCUUCAAGUUUACUUCUCAGCAAAGGUUUUAAAGAGGUUUAUCACCUGGAAGGUGGAAUUCUGAAAUAUCUUGAGGAGGUUCCAGAGAGACAAAGUCUCUGGGAAGGAGAGUGCUUUGUUUUCGACAAGCGAGUCUCUGUCGAGCAUGGUUUGGCAACAGGAAAUUUCAAGCUUUGCUACGGUUGUAAGCAGCCUGUGAGUGAUGCAGACAUGGAAUCCCCAGAAUAUGAAUAUGGAGUCUCCUGUCCUUACUGUUUUGCACAGAAAUCAGAAGAAGAGAAGGAGAGGGCUCGAGCUCGACAAAAACAAUUUGAGAGAUGGGGGAUCAUAGGUGGUCCUGAUAAGGGCCGUCGGCCGACACAGGAGUCAGACGGUGCUAGCAGCAAUCAAAAUCAACUUUCAAAGUCUGUUUAACAUUUUUCUUUUCUGUUUUUAACAAGUGUUUGAGCUUCUCUUACUCUUGGACACCUUAUAUUUGGGGUCUUAGCCCCUUUUUGAUAUUUUCCAUGUAACUCAAAUUAUAGUAACUUUGCUUGAUACUAAACACUUUUUGCAUUGCUAUUAUGAACAUGGAGUGAAAUGAAAUCUCAUGUGCAGCUCACUAAAGUGUACUUUAGUUGAUUCCAUUAUAUGUAAAGUUCCAUGUGUACUUUUUGUGAAACAAAGCUAACUAGAAAUAUGAAAUAUCAUGCAUUGGUAAACA